GGUCUCACUGCGCCUGCGCGCUAGUGAGAGCUGCACGGGCCGGGUGCUGUGUGCGGGCGGGGCUGGCGCUGCUCUCACCCUGGUAACAGCGGCCGCUGCAGAGCCGCCCUCGGCCCGGCACCCCCGCGGCACCAUGCAGGGGGAGGACGCCAGAUACCUCAAGAGGAAGGUAAAAGGAGGUAACAUAGAUGUACACCCUUCCGAAAAGGCCCUUAUUGUUCAUUAUGAAGUGGAAGCCACCAUUCUUGGAGAAAUGGGGGACCCCAUGUUGGGGGAGCGAAAGGAGUGUCAAAAAAUCAUUCGGCUGAAGAGUCUUAAUGCAAACACAGACGUUGCUUCCCUGGCUCGAAAGGUGGUGGAAGAAUGCAAGCUCAUUCACCCCUCCAAGCUAGCGGAAGUGGAGCAGCUGCUGUACUAUCUGCAGAACCGCAGAGAUGCCUCUUCCGGGAAAGAAAAGAAAGAGAAAUCUAAUAAACCCAAAGAUCCACCACCUUUUGAAGGAAUGGAGAUUGAUGAAGUAGCCAAUAUCAAUGACAUGGAUGAGUACAUUGAGUUACUGUAUGAGGAUAUUCCUGAUAAGGUGCGUGGCUCUGCCCUUAUCUUACAACUCGCCAGGAACCCUGAUAAUUUGGAAGAAUUGCUGCUCAAUGAAACUGCCCUGGGUGCAUUAGCCAGAGUGCUGAGAGAAGACUGGAAACAAAGUGUGGAACUUGCUACUAAUAUUAUUUAUAUUUUCUUUUGCUUUUCAAGUUUUUCCCAGUUUCAUGGACUAAUCACACACUACAAAAUUGGAGCUCUGUGUAUGAACAUCAUAGAUCAUGAGCUGAAAAGACAUGAGCUCUGGCAGGAGGAACUCACCAAGAAGAAGAAAGCUGUUGAUGAAGAUCCUGAGAAUCAAACCCUGAAAAAGGAUUAUGAGAAAACCUAUAAAAAGUACCAGGGGCUGGUUGUCAAGCAGGAACAGCUGCUGCGAGUUGCUCUUUAUCUGCUGCUGAACCUCGCUGAGGACACACGCACAGAGCUGAAGAUGAGGAACAAGAACAUUGUCCACAUGCUAGUGAAAGCACUGGACCGAGAGAACUUUGAGCUGCUUAUUCUGGUGGUGUCUUUCCUGAAGAAACUUAGCAUUUUUAUGGAGAACAAAAAUGACAUGGUUGAAAUGGAUAUUGUGGAAAAACUGGUGAAAAUGGUACCAUGUGAGCAUGAAGACCUGCUGAAUAUCACCCUUCGACUUCUACUGAACCUCUCCUUUGACACGGGCCUGAGAAACAAGAUGGUCCAAGUUGGGCUGCUUCCCAAACUUACUGCACUUCUAGCAAAUGAAAGCUACAGACAGGUAGCAAUGUGUGUUCUGUAUCACAUAAGCAUGGACGACCGCUUUAAAUCGAUGUUUGCGUACACAGACUGUAUACCACAGUUAAUGAAGAUGCUCUUUGAGUGCCCUGAUGAACGCAUUGACCUGGAGCUCAUUUCCUUCUGCAUUAACCUUGCUGCUAACAAGAGAAAUGUGCAGCUUAUCUGUGAAGGAAACGGAUUGAAGCUGUUAAUGAAGAGAGCUCUGAAGUUCAAGGAUCCAUUGUUGAUGAAGAUGAUCAGGAACAUUUCACAACAUGAUGAGCCAACUAAAAACCUGUUUAUUGAUUAUGUUGGUGAUUUAGCAGCUCAAAUCUCUAAUGAUGAAGAGGAAGAAUUUGUGAUAGAAUGCCUUGGAACACUGGCUAAUCUGACCUUACCUGACCUGGACUGGGAGCUUGUGCUGAAAGAGUACAAACUGGUUCCAUACCUCAAGGAUAAACUAAAACCAGGUUCUGCUGAAGAUGACCUUGUCUUGGAAGUGGUGAUCAUGAUUGGAACUGUAUCUAUGGACGACUCCUGUGCUGCUAUGCUGGCCAAAUCUGGAAUUAUUCCAGCACUCAUUGAACUUCUAAAUGCUCAGCAGGAAGAUGAUGAGUUUGUCUGCCAAAUCAUCUAUGUCUUUUACCAGAUGGUCUUCCAUCAAGCCACCAGAGACGUCAUCAUCAAGGAGACCCAGGCUCCAGCAUAUCUUAUAGACCUGAUGCAUGACAAAAAUGCUGAGAUCCGCAAAGUCUGUGAUAACACACUGGAUAUUAUAGCGGAAUAUGAUGAGGAAUGGGCUAAGAAGAUCCAGAGUGAGAAAUUCCGAUGGCACAACUCUCAGUGGCUGGAGAUGGUAGAGUCUCGACAGAUGGACGAGAGUGAGCAGUACCUGUAUGGGGAUGACUGCAUUGAGCCCUACAUCCAUGAAGGGGAUAUUCUAGAAAGACCUGACCUUUAUUACAAUUCAGAUGGCAUGAUAGCCCCUGAUGGAGCAGUGAGUCCAGAUUUCUUCAGUGAUUAUCAUCUCCAAAAUGGAGACUUAGUCGGGCAACAUCCCUUCUCCAGCAGGCACCAUGGACCCAGGACAGGCACAUUAUUUUUGUACAUUAUGAAUCAAGCAUUGGAGUGGAUGGAUUUGGUCAGCCAGCUGGUAUUCCUGGCCGUCCUGCGACUGCGUAUGGAUACCGUCCCGAUGAAUCUUUCUACUAUGGCUAUGGUACCCGAUAGAGCAGCCCUCUGUGUACGUUAGGGUGCCGUCUUCCUGCUCCAUUAGAAACCAGUUGUAUGUAGCUGACUUUAGAGCACUCCCUGGUAAUGCAUGGUUAUACUGGAAUGGGUCUCCGUGAUAUGUAUCCUUUGGUAUGUGUUAGCUCUAGAUAAACCUAACCCUUUCUGGUUCUAGCGUUUCAAACACAGACUGUGUUCACCCCUCAUUUUCUCUCUUUAUUAUAAUUUUUGUAUAGUGUUUGCCAUGUGAUUUGAAAGCAAAUAUUGAAAAGCUACUAGACUGGAAAGUAAACAUUACAUUAUGUAUAUUAAGCAAGUAAUUUAAUUUCUAUUAAAAAGAAAAACCAUUCAAUCAGU